AUGGACGAUCCGGGUCGACUCGUCCGGGACCCGAAGACACAAGAGCCCUACUACAUCCCGGGCACCUCGCAAUUCAAUGCGGUGGCCUCUGAGCUACAGAAAGGGCCGGCCAUGCUUGCAGAGUUCAUCAGUGGUGUUAGGCAACCCUCCGAUGAGCCGACCACCGACUCACCAUACAACGGCCAAUCCAGCGACGAUCAAACCACUGCAGGCCGAUCUUCUGUCGAAUCAGAGCAGUCUGAAGAGGCCGCCCAGCCCCGUGAAAAGGAUGCCUCUGAGCCAAGGCAAGAUGUCAAGGAUGCUGGGAAGAACUCGGGCGCUAGAGCGAGUUCAUGA